GUGAGACAUUUGUCUCCGCUUCAUUCCGAAUUCAUCAUUAUAGUUCAGAGUUAUUGACACUACGGAUAUAUGUAGCCGGUUUGAGGCUCAACAUGUCGCAACUAAUAUCAACAACGUUGACCUCUAUCUCCGCCUGACGUCGCCAUUCGUAUAAAACCUUACGAAUCUUCCUCACUCAACGUGAUCAAAUCAAUCCAUCUACGACUGAGCCGAUUUAUUCAAUUAUAUCGUUCAUCAUGACCGACAAACUAGCAAAGGACAUGACCCUCAAGGGUUCAUACACCACCAUGCCAAAACUCAUCUAUGGUACAGCUUGGAAGAGAGAAAGGACAGCAGACCUCGUUUAUACUGCCCUGAAGUGUGGUUUCCGCGGUGUCGACACAGCAGCCCAGCCUGAGCAUUACAACGAGGAAGGUGUAGGGCAAGGUGUCAAACGAGCCAUCAAAGACGGCAUCGUGAGGCGUGAAGGAAUAUUUCUCCAAACUAAAUUCUCGCCUCCGGCCAUCCAAGGUGAAGAAGCACCUUAUGAUUUCAAGGCACCAGUUGUGGAUCAGGUUCAUCAGUCUGUGCAGUCCUCACUCAAGUACUUCACAAUCGAGGGCGAGGAGCCUUAUUUUGACAGUAUGCUUCUGCAUACUCCCCUGGCAAAUAUUGAGGAAACCAUCACGGCAUGGAAGACGCUCGAAACUUACGUGCCCCAUCAGAUUCGUAACCUGGGCAUCUCCAACAUUGAGUUUCCCAUUCUCAAAGAGCUGCAUGAUGCAGUCACUGUGAAACCAAGCGUCGUUCAGAAUUGCUUCCACGCGGGCACGCACUUCGACAUAGAACUCAGAGCCUACUGUCGACGACAAGAGAUCGCAUACCAGUCUUUCUGGACACUCAACGGUAACCCAAAACUCGCUGCCAGCAUGCCUAUCGGAAUGAUUUCAGAGAAAGCUGGCGUUGAGUUUGUGGCGGCGUACUAUGCUCUUCUCUUCGGCCUUGACGGAGUUGCGGUUAUAGACGGAACGACAACGGAAAGUCACAUGAAGGAUGACCUCGAAGGGAUUGAGAAAGUUGCAUCUUGGGCGGAGGGUACUGGCGCAGAUGAGUGGACUCGUGCUCUAACUGAGUUUAAACAGAGUAUUGGGGAUGUUCGAAAAUGA